AUUUAAAUGAGAGACAAGCAGCACCUUUACCUGAAUUACUUCUUAAAGUUGGGGAACCAUUGCUGAUCAGAUGCAGAGCUGUUUACCAUAAUUAUAAAUUCAGAAUAAAAUUAUCUUUUGAAAACAAAGAAGUUGAGCAGGAUCGUCAGUUUGGAGGAUUAGAAUAUCAAACCGAUCGCUCGGCAAUUCGGAUCCAGUAUGUGUUUGCUUCAGCGGCAGGAAGAAGUGAUAGUGGACAUUACACCUGUUCUUCUACAGUUCAUCUGAACCAAACUGCUUUGGUUACAGUUUUAGAAAAGGGAUUUAUCAAUAUAACUGACUCUAAAGAAGAUUUUGAAAUUGGUGAGGAAGAGUUUUGCUUCGAAGUUAACUUUACAGCAUAUCCACCAGUUAGAUGCAUGUGGCUAUUUUCCCAAAAAACAUUUCCAUGUAAACAAAGUUACAGUGUGGAUGGACGCAGCAUUUCGUCAAAGUUCUGCAACCAUCAGCACCAGUCUGGGAUAUAUGUAUUUUAUGCUGAAAAUGAUGAUACGGUCAUGACAAAAAAAUUCACUCUGUAUGUGAGAAGAAAGCCCAAAGUAACGAUGCAGUUGUUGUUCAAGCAGAUCUCCUGCGUCGCUGACAGUUACCCUGCCUCAUCCUGGGUUUGGAGGAACUGUCCUGAACUAAAUUCAUCCAACUGUACAGAAGAAAUCACUGAGGGGAUUCACAGCUUCUUGCCAGAGAGGAGAUCCCUGGGGUCAUGGAUUUCAAGCAGUGCUUUAGAUGUAAAGGAGACAACAACAAGCUUCUCUAUCGAGUGCUGUGCAAACAAUUCUGCCGGUUCAGCCUGCGAAAAGAGUUUCAUUAACCUGUCAGUUGCAGGAGCUGUUUCUUCCCCUCCAGACAACACUGCAUUCUAUGUCUCUGUUGGAUGUUUCCUCCUAUUGAUGGUUUUUUUGUUUGUAUUCAUUUUUCAUAAAUACAAAAAGCAAUUUAGAUAUGAAAGCCAGUUGCAAAUGAUUCAGAUGAUAGGCCCACGGGAUAAUGAGUACAUCUACAUCGACUUCAGAGAAUUUGAAUAUGAUCUCAAAUGGGAAUUUCCCAGGGAAAAUCUGGAAUUUGGACAGGUCCUCGGUUCUGGGGCUUUUGGGAAAGUGGUGAAUGCAACAGCUUAUGGAAUUAGCAAUGCAGGAGAUUCAGUCCAGGUUGCAGUCAAAAUGCUAAAAGAAAAACCUGAUGCUUCAGAAAAAGAUGCUCUAAUGUCUGAGCUGAAAAUGAUGACUCACAUUGGAAGCCAUGAAAAUAUUGUGAACCUACUAGGAGCUUGUACUGUGUCAGGACCAAUCUACUUGAUAUUUGAAUAUUGUUGCUAUGGUGACCUUCUGAACUACUUAAGGAGCAAGAGAGAAAAGUUUCACUGGACACUGACAGAUAUUUUUAAACAGCACAACUUCAGCUUUUACCACAAUAUCCAUUUGGACCAAAAUUCCAGGAAGGGAACUCACCUGAAGUACGGUAUGAAUACAACUCUAUGCAGAGAGGAUGAAUUUGAAAUCACACAAAGAAGUCAAAACAUAAAUGAGACAUCUGGAUCAAACGGGUUUGAGCUGUAUUCUGAGGAAGAUAAAAUUAAGCAUGCAAGCAGACAGAUGGAUGAAGAAGAGGAUUUUAAUGUGCUGACUUUUGAAGACCUUCUUUGCUUCUCUUAUCAAGUUGCCAAAGGAAUGGAGUUUCUUGAGUCCAAAUCGUGCAUUCACAGAGACCUCGCUGCCCGGAAUAUACUAGUGACCCAUGGAAAAGUGGUGAAAAUAUGUGACUUUGGCCUUGCCAGAGAUGUAGUGAACGACUCCAACUACAUCAUCAGGGGCAACGCUCGUUUACCAGUUAAAUGGAUGGCUCCUGAAAGCUUAUUCGAGAUGACGUACACAAUGAAGAGUGAUGUCUGGUCUUAUGGAAUAUUACUAUGGGAAAUAUUCUCUUUGGGUGUAAAUCCCUACCCUGGUAUUCAGGUUGAUACAAACUUCUACAAAUUAAUACAAGGUGGAUUUAAAAUGGACCGACCGUAUUAUGCUACAAAAGAUGUCUAUCAUGUGAUGCAGUCCUGUUGGGCCCUUGACUCCAGAAAAAGACCCUCUUUUUCUUGGCUGGUUUCCUCUCUUGCCUGUCAGCUGGCUGAGGCAGAAGGAGCAGUUUACCAGAAUAUGAAGAAAAAUGUUUCUACACACAACUCCAGCACCAAAACUAAACCACGUCUAAGCAGGGAUGAGGAAUCUCUGCUAUCCCCAACUGUGCUCCAGCAUGAAGACUCUCAGGUUGAAAAAUAA